CCGGUCCGUAUAUUGCGGCAGACCAAACUCGGCAAGAUCCAUUGACACAGCGUGUGUGACUACUUGGUCUGUUUUGAUCGGACAACAGGCAGAGGUGCUUCGAACAUCUGGAAGGUCAACCAGCUAAAACAUUAAUGAGGUGUAUAGUAUUGUAUAGAAUCCAAACGCGGUCAUUUGCGAACUUCGAUCCACUAGCCCUUAGCAGUCCUGCAACCGUGAGCUGAAUCCAGGAUGAGCUACUGAGGCCGGACUGCCAUUGCCACCGUCGUGUUGCAGAGGGAGGGAACUAGUCAGCACUGUGAUUGGCUCAUUUGGUGUUUUGGUGGCAGGCUGCCAUGGCAAAGAGCCCAGAGGUGAAGUUGGCUGUGUUCGGCCGAGCCGGCGUGGGCAAGUCAGCACUUGUGGUGAGGUUCCUGACGAAACGCUUCAUCUGGGAGUACGAUCCUACACUUGAGUCAACCUACCGCCACCAGGCAAAUAUCGACGAUGAGGUUGUCUCCAUGGAGAUUCUGGACACGGCAGGACAGGAGGACAUGUUGCAGAAAGAGGGCCACAUGCGUUGGGGUGACGGCUUCAUCAUCGUCUACGACAUCACCGACCGCGGCAGCUUUGAAGACGUGGCGCCGCUGCGGGGCCUCCUGGAGGAGGUGAAGAAGCCCAAGAACGUUCCACUGGUGCUGGUGGGCAACAAGGCCGACCUGGAGCACGCGCGACAGGUGGGCACCGAGGAAGGGGAGCGCCUGGCUGCUGAGAUGGCGUGCGCCUUCUACGAGUGCUCGGCGUGCGCCGACGAGGGUGGCUGCGUGGCUGAGGCCUUCUACGAGCUGUGCCGCGAGGUGCGGAGGCGGCGUGCCGUCCAGGGCAAGGCCCGCCGUCGCAGCUCCACCACGCAUGUCAAGCAGGCCAUCAACAAGAUGCUCACCAAGAUCAGCAGCUAGAGGCCAACACGGCGUCCGGCCAAAGGCAAAAGAUGAACCAGGCAUGAAAUGAAAAAAGACCAUAUGCCACUAUAACAAUAGUAUGUGAAAAAGAAUGACUGAAUUUGAUUGAAUGGACGCUGUUUUUUAUAGAUUAUGUUUAUAUUUCUCUGGGCUGGGUAGCCUUUUGCUGGAGAGAAGUAUGCCAUCAUGAAUUUGUAAUCUCAUCAUAGAACACCAUCCAGGUACACUACACAUACAUUGGCUGCAUAGAUUGCAGUGGAACACAUAUUUCGUUUUCCUAUGCCGAUAUCAAAUGGUUCUGGAAGACUGGAAGUUUUUGAGUCAGUAGGCUAAUGACUGAACAGCCUUGAGGAGCCUGGGGAGCUCCUUAAGGCUGGAAGGCUUUCAAACACACACGUUUGUUAGUGUGAAGGAGCAGACUUUUCAUGCUGUUCUCUAUAAGCUCUCUAUAAUCCAAUUCUCAUGGUCUGUUCUCGAGUGAAUGUGAUACAAAACAUUUAAAUGCUUGCUAGCUGUUGCUUCAUCAGAGUUUUGGGGAAAUGUUUUGAUAUGGUCUGGACCCCUUGUUUGUGUACUUUUAGUCAUUGUGGAGCACCUCUGAGGGAUUCAUUGAAACAUCAACAUUGGUUAUCGUAGCUGAAGAUCACUAUGCAGCCGGCAUGUCUUAUUCCAUUUUUUCCAACCCCAUUGAACAUAGCUGAACUCUUGAGAAAUCUCUUGAGCUCUGAGGUUGGUUGUCAAAUAAACCAUCACACUGCCCACACAACCAUGGCCUGCCCCAUAGCUUUAACAACAAACAAUCAACAUUUUGGACCCCCCCCCCCGCCCUCCCCUCAGAUGCACAUGUUCAUAGGACGUGCACUAAAGCCUACUAGAGUCCUUCUGUGGCUUCCCUGGCCAGCGAUAUAAUCUAUUCCAAGGGUUCCAAGGAAGCAGACAAAAAAAAAAAAGGAAAUAAGCAGAAAGUCUCAGGAGAUCGGACACAUUGUGGUUUCUCUAGCUCGUUAUUUUGCAUUCUUUUAUCUCAUCACUCUUGUUACCUUCUGAGGGAAUCUCUUCUUCCUGGGCUUUCACAUUUCUACAAGCAAUCCUUUCACAUUCCUCAGCAACAUCCUGUGUGGAUGGGUCUUCGUAAUGCAUAUGUACAAUACUGCCUUAACAUCUGAUGGUGAAUGGUUUGUUUUUGUUUUUUCUUUUGUCCGGAUAUAUUUCUUAUGACUCCGUGCAAUAAGGGCAGAGUCAGAAGUUUGUAGACAUGCCUGUAUUUAAUGCAAACGCUGUUUCAUCUCUGAGUUAUACUGCGUUAUGUCCUCUAAAUCUAAGAUGGAGAUUUGAGAAAGGGAGACACUUAAACUUUUUUUCCUGCCGUGCAAUUGUAAUGAGAGAUCGUAUAAAUAUAUGUAUAAAUGUUAUUAUUAAAAGAGGAAAACUGAAA